AUGUCAAAAUAUAAACCACCAGUUAACAGAUCAAUGGUUAAAGACCUAGAUCGUAGUUUUUUCCAAAAAGAAAUACCAUUAACUGCUGCAUGGUUCCCACAACCUAAAUUUUUAACAAAUUUCAUAAAGGCAUGUCAAUCUGAUAUUUUUUACGUUAGAAAUAUAAAACAUAUAAUAGAGUUGGAGAAUUCAAAAGCUGUACUACUAAGAGAAGAUGUUACAAAAGUGGAAGAUUUAGAACCAAUAACUCAAGAAAAAAUCAAAGAAUAUAAUAUUACCUUAAAACCAUAUCUACUAAAAUUAGAUUAUUCAUUUUGGAAAAGUGAUGAAAUUUUACAACUGAUAUUACCUGAACAUUUAAUUGAUGAAAUUCCUAGUGGAUAUAGUCAAGCUGGUCAUUUAGCACAUUUAAAUUUAAGAGAUGAAUUUAAACCAUAUGGUAAAUUAAUAGGUACUGUAAUAAUGGAUAAAAAUCCUUCCAUAAAAACAGUAGUUGAUAAAAAAAAUACAAUAGCGAAUCAGUUCAGAACUUUUCCAUUAGAAUUAUUAGCAGGUGAAGAUAAUUAUAUAGUUGAACAAAAUGAAAGUGGUUGUAAAUUUAAAUUUGAUUUUAGUAAAGUUUAUUGGAAUUCAAGGUUAAGUACAGAACAUGAGAGAUUAAUUACAAAAUUUCAAAAGGGAGAAGUUGUAGGUGAUGUAAUGGCAGGUGUUGGACCAUUUGCUAUACCUGGUGGUAAAAAUGAAACAAUUUUUUUAGCAAAUGAUUUAAAUCCUGAAAGUUAUAAAUAUUUAAAAGAAAAUAUAACAUUAAAUAAAGUUGAUCCAUUUGUUAAACCAUAUAAUUUAGAUGGGAGAGAAUUUAUUGAAAAUGCUGCUGAAAUAUUACAAAAUUUUGCAAAUAAGGGACCAAUUGAAAAAAAAAUCGUGAAAAGAUUAAAAGGUGAAAAGAAAAUAGAAAUUGAACGUAUUGAAGUACCCAAAUUUUAUAAUCAUUUUGUAAUGAAUUUACCAGAUUCAGCAUUAACAUUUUUAGACGCAUACAUUGGAUUAUAUUCAAAAUAUCCAGAAAUUAAAAAUGAACCAAAUUUUAAAUUACCAUGGAUUCAUGUAUAUUGUUUUGAAAAAUUUGAAAAUGGUGAAGAUCCAACUAAUGAGGAAUUAAGUAUAAGAAUUUGGGAAAAAAUAUGUAAUUUAAUUGAUUAUAAAUUAGAUAGUUCAAUGGAAUUUCAUCAAGUUAGAAUGGUAAGUCCUACAAAACCUAUGUUUUGUGUUUCAUUUCAGUUACCUGAAGAAGUUGCAUUUAGACAAAAAUAA